AUGUCGUCCCCAUCAAAACCCUCCGCGCUGCCUACCCAGCCUCCCGGCAGCCCGAAGAAGGAGAAGGCUGCGCCCGCCCCCGCCAAAGAGAAGGCAGACAAGGCGGACAAGAAGCCCAACGCUAAGGCAGACAAGGCAGCCCGUCGUGCAGCCAAGCUCGCCACCCGCCCUCCCCCACCCCCCGAGGCACCCGCGCAGCAGGCUGGCUCCGCUGCUCCCACCACGGCCCAGGCGGCAGGCAAUCCCGCCGGUCCGUCGCGUCACCGCCGUGCCGUGGCUGCAGCCGAGGCGGCAUCGACCCGCCCCGCUGCUCCACCCAACCCUGCGCAGCAGUACUUCUCGCAUCUCCCUCUCCCUCGUGACGCCGGCACGCCAGCGGCCUUUGAGUCGGGCAAGAUUCAUCCCUUGGUGGUGCGCCUCGGUGUCCUCAUCGCGUCGGGUACGUUGCGCGGUGCGUCGGCGCGUACAAUGGCUGUUCUUGAGGCAUUCCGCGAGGUCGUGCAUGACUACGUGUGUCCCGAGGACGCCGUGUUCUGGAAGGACCUCAACUCGCACAUCUCGCCCAUGAUCGCGUACCUUGAGACGUGCCGGCCCAAGGGUGUUGGUGUUGGUAACGCGAUCCGGUGGUUCAAGGGCGAGAUUACACGGCUCGGUGAGAACGAGACGGACGCGACUGAGACCGCGCAAAAGGCCGCCCUGUCCGCCGCGAUUGAUGUGUAUAUCCGCGAUCGUAUCGUUGUUGCGGGACAGGUUAUUAGCGAUAACGCGCGCGAGAAGAUCAAGCCCGACGACGUUAUUGUGGUGUAUGCGCGCUCGAGUGUAGUCGAGCGUGCACUGCUCGACGCGAUCGACGAGAUGAAGGCCAAGGACCGCAACGCCAGCUUUUCCGUUGUCGUCGUCGACUCGAGGCCCCUUCAGGAAGGCCGUGAGCUCCUCGCGACUCUCACUGCGGGUGGUAUUCCCUGCACGUACACGCUCCUUCCCCUCGCUGCGACUGCGAUUUCGCGCGCGUCGCUCGUUCUCCUCGGCGGCUCGUCGCUCAAUUCGGACGGCGCGCUGCACUCGCGCGCGGGAACGGCCGUCGUCGCUAUGCUGGCCAAGGAGUACCGUGUUCCUGUCGUCGCAUGCGUCGAGACGUUCAAGCUAAGCGAGCGCGUCGCUCUCGACGACCUCGCGAACAACGAGCUCGGCGCGGCGCACGACCUUUUCUCCAUCCCGACCGCGCCGGCGCUGCAGCUUCCUGAGCCCCUGCCCAAGUCGCUCUCCACCCUUACGCUGCUGUACGACCUCACGCCGCCCGAGCACAUUACGGCUGUGUGCACCGAAGUCGGGUUCAUCCCGCCUUCCUCGGUGCCGACGCUGCUGGGCAAGAGCGCCAUCACGGCCUGA